AUGAACAGAUUCUACACCACAGAGUGGCCGAGGGAGAUGACCAUAGACAGCACCUGGAUGUGCGACCUCCGGGAGAAAACGGGCGACGGGGUGCGAUUCAUCGCCUGCUACGAUGGUGACAAGGACGAGUUUGACAAGGUCAUCAGUGGGCACAUAAGGGACAAGGAGCUGGAGAAGCAGCUCAAAAGGCGCUCCUUGCCUGAGAAGUCGACUCGCUUUCUUCAUGAGACGCUCGUGGCCCAAUGGUCCGAGGAAACAACCAGGGCCUUCCCCACCAACAAGUCCUACAGCAUUUACAGCUCUUUCGUCUUUGGCAACGACAGGGAAACCAUCGAGAAGAUCACCUCUAUCAUCCAAAAAGAGAUGCAAGCUUUCCGGAAUCUUUACAACGAGGAAAAGUACAGUUCCUGGUGA